AUGAACAUUUUUAUUCUAUUCAUUUUAGCAGUUAUUUUGAGCAAAACCUCCGGACAGGCUUGGAAGGAUCAAUUUCAAAAAAUCACUGGAGUGAGUUCGCAAUGUGCAAACGACACAGAAACAUGGCAGAAUUCUCUGAAGCUAGCGGAAGAGGUGUCUGUGAAAUGUCUGAUUGAGAAGAACUGUACAAAAGAAGAAGAAAAGAUUAUUGAAGAUAAUUUUUAUGCAGUUGAACAGUAUGAUGCUUGGGGGAAAAUUCCUCUUACCGCAAUUUUUCAAGCUCCCCUGUUGAUGGAAGGAUCUUAUCAGGAAUGUGAAAGGAUAAAUGGACAAAAAUAUGAGACUAAUUACUGUUACAUGGUUCUGUUUCCUGGAAAAAAUGCAACGUGCCACAUGUCAAAUGGUAGGCCCAAUUCUAUCUACCUACGUGGUGCAGUCUGUAUGCCGUAUUCUUGUUCUCAAGAAGAUCUUCCGACAGUCUACAAUCAGAUUUCCAAUCAACCAUUUACUGCCUGUGCUGCAUUUUGUUCAAAGUAUCCAGUCAAAAAGACCGCCGUAUUCUGGGAAUUCACAGCUUUCAUGGCAGUUAUGACGGCUAUUGUGUUGAUUUCUACAUUGAUUGAUUAUCUGAAAGACACUUUGAAAAAAGAGGAUGAAGUUAGGAAAGAUGGGAAAUUACUUCAAAUGGCUAUGGCAUUCUCAAUGUGGACAAAUGCUGAAUUACUCUUGUCUGUGAAGGAACAGAAGCCUGGAUUCAUCAAAUGUCUCGACUGCAUCAGAUUGUUGUCAAUGUUAUGGGUAGUCACAGGACACUCAUUCAAAUAUAUAGUCGUUCCUGAUCAAGUUCUCACAAUCCUUCCAUUCACCACCAGAUUUUGGAAUCAUUUCAUCACAAAUGCAUUCUAUGCUGUUGACACUUUCUUUCUGUUAUCUGGAAUUGUGGUCUCAUAUUUAUUCUUCAAGACCAGACUGAAACCAUCUCAAGUCAAGAGACCCGUUACUUGGAUCUUAUUUUAUGUUCAUCGGUAUCUUCGGCUCACUCCACCAUUGAUGUUCUUCAUUGGAUUUUUUGUAGUCUACGGGUAUUAUAUUCAAGGUCCUGAAGUUGCUUCUCAAUUGAAUAGACUGCUCCCAAAGGUUGAUAGUUGCUCCGUGAACUGGUGGAAGAAUAUGCUGUACAUCAACAAUUUAGGGUCUGGUAAAGACCAAUGCUACGGUAUCACGUGGUACCUUGGUGUGGAUACUCAACUGUAUCUGAUUGCUCCAGUGUUUUUGAUUGGAUUGUAUUUCUCAUUUGCUGCUGGGACUGCUCUUCUAGUUUCAGCAAUCGUUGGAAGUGUAAUUACUGUGUAUAUUUUGUUCAGCGUAUAUGAUUUACCAGCAGACUUUUUUGGAGUUGGAGACGUUUCCCAUUUCUACAAUGUUGUUUAUGACAAACCGUGGGUUCGUUGUACCCCAUAUUUCAUCGGUCUUUUUAUUGGGUACAUCAUUGCUACCUACGGAAGACGAAAAAUUCGUUUGAACUGGGCACUUUCCGUAACUGGAUGGCUCAUUGCCUUCGGAAUAGCUGUCAUGUGUCUUUUCUCUACCUACGACUAUGAUAAGAGAAUAUACUGGAGUGUCUUUAUUCGUGCUUCAUACUAUAACUUCUCACGGAUAGCCUGGGCCAUAGCAGUCUCUUGGGUUAUUGUUGCUAAUCAUAUGGGAUGGGGAGGACCUAUUGACAACUUCAUGUCACACCCCAUUUGGCAACCAUUCGGUAGAUUGUCCUACUGUGCUUAUAUUGUUCACUUGAUGGUGUUGUACUGGUAUUUUAUGUAUUACUCAAUACCGGCAACAGUGAUGUCUUAUAUUUUUGCAUUUUUUUGGAGCUGCUUCUUUGAAAUUCCGUUUUUGAAACUGGAAAAAAUGCUUAUUGAGGCAGUUAUUGGCGUGGGUGUCCGGCAAACAUCUGGGAAAGUUGGCGAUAGUCCAGUUCAAAAAAGAAUUAACUCACAUGAAGGAACGCCAGAAGGAGGUCUGUGGGAUGUUGGAAAUAAGGAUAAGUUGACAAUUCGUGUGUAG